AUAUAUAUUUAGGAUAGUUUUUAAAAUUUUAGCAUUUCAUCCUACCUCCAUCCUCACUCGGAAGUAGCUCCUGCGUCUCUCGUUGGCUUCAGCCCAUCGUUAAGUGAAACUCAGGCGAUCCCAUGGCGGCCGCGCAAAGGAAAAACGAAGCUUCCGUUCUCAUUUCCAAUCUUCUGAAACUGCCACCACUCAAAGCUCUCUCCCGCUUCGAAUCAUCGAUCCGGCAAGGACUGGAUCACACCCACCAAUCUGUUUCCGCGCUAAUCCACCAUCUCCUGAGCUUCAACAGGACCUCCCAAACUCAAUCCCUCAUCCAGCAGCUUCUCGCCGGAAAAAUCACUUCCCCCCAUUUCACGGUCUCUUCUCUUCUUCACUAUCUCAUCGCCCACACUGGGUUCCCCCAUUCUGCUUCCCUCUGCGAAUCCAUCGUCUCUGCUCACGUGCAGGCCCAGUUACCAGAUCAAGCCGUCUUCUUCUUCAGCCAUAUGAAGGCACCCAACUCGAAUGCUCUCAACUGUCUUCUUGAUUUCCUGGUAAAGAGUGGGAAUUAUGUGAAGGCUUUGGGGGUUUUCGAGGACUCGAAGAGGAAGGGCUUGGCCUUGGAUCUGUACAGUUUCGGGAUUGUGAUUAAGGGCUGUUGUGAGGCUGGAGAUUUGAGUAAGGGGUUUGAGGUUUUUGGACAGUGUGUGGCUAUGGGUUUGUGUCCAAAUGUUGUCUUGUACACUACUCUGAUCGACGGGUGUUGUAAAAAUGGAAAUAUAAAACAGGCAAGGGAGUUGUUCGAUAGAAUGCCACAGUUAGGGCUUGUUCCGAAUCAGUUCACUUAUACUGCUCUUAUCAAUGGGUGUUUCAAGAAUGGGGCAAAAAGAUAUGGGUUUGAGCUCUAUGAGAGGAUGAAGCUUGACGGUGCGUACCCAGACAUAUACACAUACAGCUCCAUGAUCAAUCUCCACUGCAAUGAGGGACGAAUAGAUGCCGCUUUUCAACUGUUUGACGAAAUGCGCGAGAGAGGGGUUGUAUGCAAUGUUGUGACGUAUAAUACCUUAACUAGAGGAUUAUGCAGGCAAGCGAGAAUGGCGGAUGCUGAGAGAUUGGUUGCCCAGAUGAAGAGUGAUGGAUUUGCCCCUAAUGUGAUCACUUUUAACAUCCUAAUAGAUGGGUAUUGCAAAUCGGGGAAGAUAGAGAGAGGAUUGAACUUGUUCAAUCAUGUGAAGUCCUGUGGCUUAUCCCCAUCAUUAAUCACAUACAACUCUCUCAUCGCAGGUUUAUCUAAAUCUGAUAAGCCACACAGAGUUCUUGAUUUAGUCCGUGAGAUGGAGGAGAGAGGUGUCUCUCCUUCAAAGGUGACAUACACGAUUCUGAUUGACGCUUUUGCCCGAUCUAACAACAUGGAUAAAGCACUUGAAAUGGUUUCUUUCAUGGAUAAAGCCGGUUUGGUUGCAGAUAUGCACACAUAUGGUGUCUUGCUACGUGGUUGGUGUGAUCAAGGCAAAAUGAAGGAGGCAUCAAAGCUAUUCAAAUCAAUGCAGAUGGAACCCAACAGUGUCAUGUAUAAUACAAUGAUCUAUGGGUACUGCAAAGAGGGAAACUCAUAUCGGGCCUUGAGGCUGCUCAAGGAAAUGGUUGACAAUGGAAUGGUUCCAAAUUCCGCUAGCUAUCACUUGACUAUAGAGGUUCUUUGGAACGAUGGGAAAUGGGCCGAUGCUCAAAUUGUUUUAAACAGCAUGAUAAAAUUUGGUGUGAAGCUUAAGGUUUCCCUAACUGACAUGAUAAGUACAGGCAGAAAGGUUCAUAUGGAUUAAUGCUUUUGGAGGAAUUUUUGCAGUUCUAGCAUGGCAUUGGGGCCAUGUCAAGAAACAUAAAAGCUGACAACAUGAUGCGGAUUUCAGAUCAAGAUGUUAGGUAUGGAGCUAUAAGGGCAAUUUCUGUACAGCUAUCAUGGGAAUACCAGAAAGUCCAAACAAUGAAAUCCCAAAGCAAAAUAUAAGCAAUCACUUGUGAUGGAGCGUGAAUGCGUGAUAUAAUAGAGCAAUCGGUAAAUCUGGUGUUUUAAAGGCCAUUAAUUUUGACAUAUAUGAUAUAUGGCUUCUGAUGUUGCUUUGACAACCUGGGGUCUCUUGGAAACAGUCUCUUUACUCGACAAAACUUUCAACUAAGGUGGUAGAAGUAGAGGGUGUUUGAGAACAACCUUUAAGCUUCAGCUUAUGGAUUAUGAAUUCAAAAGUGCAAAUUUCCAACUUAACAGAGGCUUUAGCAAUGCCAAAUUCGGUUUCUAUUAGUGCUAUAGGUGUGGUU